GCUUAACUUGGAUAUAUGUCUGGAAGGGAAGAAGACUUGGUUUGUAGAAAGGAUAAUUAUUCUACAAGUUCUGCGGACUUUGAAUAUGCCUCGGAGAAUGAAGUUGAAGAACAAACUAUUCUGGGAAACUUGCCUGGUACAGUAAGAAAUACAACUUUCAAGGCUGCUUCACGUGAGAGAUCAGAUGGAUCUGAAGUAUUAUCCUCUUCGCCAGAGAGUCCAGUUACCACUGAAACCCAAGAGUUACAAGAGCUGCAGAAACAAAGGGGAGAAAUGAGUCCUAAAGCAGCUCAAGAAGAGAUAUUGGCGCAAAUCCAAAGGCUUCAGUUGAAGUUGACAGAAUUGCGUGAAGUAGACAACACCAGUUCUGUUGGCAGUCAUCAUAGUCAACUGAAUACUUCGAGUUCAGGUCAUUCUUUGCAUCGUCAGAACUUAGAGAGUUCUGUAAGAGAUACUAUUUGUCAGCAAAGUGAAACAGGGGAAACUUUGAUAUCUACGAAUAGUGCAAAAGUUGGACCCAAACUUUUGGUUGUAUCCAAUCGUCUUCCGGUAACCGUUACAAAAGAUAAUAACGGCGCUUAUCAUUUCAAUAUGAGCUCGGGUGGUUUGGUUUCUGCUCUCAAAGGUGUGAAAUCUUUGAUGCCUUUUCUUUGGAUUGGAUGGCCUGGGACUGAAAUUGACCCUAAUGAAAGAGACUAUGUACGUAACAAGUUAAGAGAAGGUUAUUCUUGUUUUCCAGUUUUUAUUACGGAUGAACAAGCCAACUUGUACUAUAAUGGCUUCUGUAACGAUGUCUUAUGGCCCUUAUUUCAUUAUGUACCUUUGCCUAUUGUUUCUUCAGAUGGCGAAAGGAAAUUUGAUUUUAAAUAUUGGCAAGCUUAUUCCGCUGCUAAUUAUCGAUUUGCAGAGGCUGUUUUACAAGUUUAUCAGGAAGGUGACUAUAUUUGGGUUCAAGACUAUCAUUUAUUGUUAUUGCCUUCACUUCUAAGACGACGACUGAGAGAUGUGAAGAUUGGUUUUUUUCUUCAUAUUCCUUUUCCCACAAGUGAAGUUUAUCGUAUCAUUCCUGUAAGAAAGGAACUUUUACAAGGUGUAUUGGCCGCAGAUUUGAUAGGGUUUCAUACCUAUGAUUAUGCACGACACUUUUUAUCAGUCUGUACUAGAAUUUUAGGUUUGGAUUCCUCUCCAAAGGGAGUCAAUUAUCAUAGUCACUUUGCACAUGUGGGUAUAUUUCCUAUUGGUAUCGAUCCGAAUACUUUUCAUCGUGCCUUGGAAGAUGCCAACGUGCAACAGCGCAUACAAGAAUUGCAUGAAAGAUUUAUGGGUAAAAAGGUAUUGUUAGGUGUUGAUCGUUUGGACUAUAUCAAAGGUGUUCCUCACAAACUUUUGGCAUUGGAAUGGCUUUUGACAAAAUAUUCAGAAUGGAUGCAUAAAGUUGUACUGGUUCAAAUUGCAGUUCCUACUCGUACCGAAAUUGAGGAAUAUAAGAAACUUUCAAGCCAAACGAAUGAAUUGGUUGGUAGAAUCAACGGCAAAUUUGGUACUGUGGAUCAUUCUCCUAUAAUGUUUAUCAAUCAGAGUCUUGCAUUUGAAGAGUUAGUGGCUUUGUAUACGGUGGCAGACGUUGCCAUCGUAUCUUCGGUUCGAGAUGGGAUGAACUUAGUAUCCUAUGAAUAUGUCAUGUGUCAACAAGCAAACAAAGGAGUCCUUAUACUUUCGGAGUUUGCUGGUUCUGCACAGUCCUUAUCUGGUGCCAUAAGAGUGAAUCCUUGGAAUGUUGAAGAGUUGGCCAAUGCAAUACAUGAAGCGCUUUCUAUGCCUCGUCGAGAAAGAGAAAUCAAACAUUGGAAACUGUAUCGGUAUGUAUGGCUUGAAGUAUUUGAAUUUGUAUUUCUCAUGAUUUAUGUUUCCAGUUAUGUAACUACACAUACUGCAGAAUAUUGGGCCAAGUCAUUCUUUCAAGAGUUGGAUAAUGUCGUAAAGCAUAGAGAUGAAUUACGUUUGUCGCUUCCUUUGCUUAAUGUAAAGUCAGUAAUUAAGCGAAUUUCGAUUGCUCGAACAAGAUUGUUUUUAUUAGAAUAUGAAGGUACGUGUAUUAUAAGACUUUUUGUUUUGGUUUUAUGUCAUCCAAAGUCCCUAGCAGAGUUGAACAGUCCGACGUCCACUCAUAUUAAAAUUCUGACGAGACUUUGUUCGGAUCCUCGAAAUAUUAUAGUUGUUAUUUCAGGUCGAAGCAAAACCAUAUUAGAUAAUUGGUUUGGGUAAGUUUUUUUAUUGAUUGUAAUGAAAACCAAAUGGAUUAG